AAUGGCCCAAGUGCAUUGCUCGUAGUCACUACAUACCCAGAUUGUUCCGCUCUCAUUGUUGAAUAUUCUGCAGAGGAGCGCGCCUUGGUGGUAAAAGAGACGCACAAACUCGUAUCACCAUAUGGAUUACCCCUAGCUGGAUGCAACCCUUGCGCGGUGUCUGCGGAUCGUCAAUAUGCUGCCAUUUCUCUCUAUCAGGGAAUCAUGCACAUUCUCCAAUUCACCAGAAAAUCAGGAUCUAUACAAGUAUCUCUCAAAUUUGAAUGCCAACUGUCUGUCUUGUGGAUGGAUAGUUUGCGGGGCAAACAGAUACUGACUACAAUCAAUAAUAGGAUACCUGAAUUGCUAAUGUCAUCUUUCUGCUUCACUCCACGAAUAAAUGGGGAACUAAUGGUCGCAUUACUUCAUCGGUCCCAUACUGGGCGUCGUCACAUUGUCACUCGUAGAAUUGACGAGAUCAAUAAGGAGUUACCCCCCGGGAGUGAAUCAUGGAUAUUAGGAGAAGACGAAUUCAAGAGCUUGAUUCCGAUACUCCCCUCCCAAGGUGGCUAUGGAGGUCUUUUGGUUCUAGGAGAAGACACCUUGGCUUUCUAUGAGCUCUCACCUCCCAAAAUAUCACAGUCUCCCAGGAGAAUGCGCAAACAAUCAGUAGCUGCAGAGCGUAAACCCGAUGUUAUUCUAGAUUGGAACUAUUCAAUAAUCGCAGGCGAUAAAUACGGCAAACUCAUUCUCCUAACGAUGUUGCGCUCCAGAGAGAGCAAGAAAAUCCAUAAUAUGGCGAUAGAUGACUUGGGGGAGACCAAACUUGUGGAGACGAGGCAAUUUUCCGAAUAUGCAGAAGUUCCUCAAGCAGAGUUUCCUGGACUU